AUGAUUGCGCGCGGCCUGCUCCGAUCCAAUGCCUCAUCGCAGGCAAGCAAAUUUGUGAAGUAUUUAACCAGCGCCGGGGGCUUACAAGGGCAUGCAGAGAGCUUGUCAGAUGCAUCAGUCAGACAUUUCAGCUCAGCAUCGUCUCCUCAGACGAACUCAACUGAAGAAAAUGGGUUUAAGGGGCAUGGCAUGUUGGCACCAUUCACAGCUGGAUGGCAGAGCAAUGAUGUGCAUCCGCUGGUUAUUGAGAGAUCUGAGGGGUCUUAUGUUUAUGACAUCAACGGGAAUAAGUAUCUAGAUUCUCUAGCAGGACUCUGGUGUACAGCUUUAGGUGGUAGUGAGCCUCGAUUAGUCAAAGCUGCAACUGACCAAUUAAACAAGUUGCCCUUCUAUCACUCCUUCUGGAACCGUACAACCAAACCAACAUUGGAUCUUGCAGACGACCUUCUUAGCAUGUUUACUGCAAGCAAAAUGGGAAAGGCAUUCUUCACAAAUAGCGGUUCGGAAGCAAAUGACUCACAUGUCAAACUGGUAUGGUAUUAUAACAAUGCAUUGGGGAGGCCAAACAAGAAAAAGUUUAUUGCACGAUCAAAAGCAUAUCAUGGAUCAACAUUAAUAUCAGCUAGUCUCACUGGUCUUCCUGCCCUGCACCAGAAGUUCGAUCUGCCAGCACCUUUUGUUCUGCACACAGACUGCCCUCACUACUGGCGCUUCCAUCUUCCUGGUGAGACAGAAGAAGAAUUUGCAACAAGACUUGCCAAAAAUUUAGAGGAUCUUAUCCUCAAGGAAGGACCAGAAACAAUUGCUGCGUUCAUUGCUGAGCCUGUCAUGGGUGCUGGUGGUGUCAUCCCUCCUCCAAAGACCUAUUUUGAUAAGGUUCAAGCUGUGGUUAAGAAGUAUGACAUCCUUUUCAUAGUAGAUGAGGUCAUUACCGCAUUUGGAAGGUUGGGAACCAUGUUCGGAUCUGAUAUGUAUAACAUCAAGCCAGAUUUAGUCACCUUGGCCAAGGCUCUUUCGUCUGCGUAUGUGCCCAUUGGAGCGACUCUUGUUAGCCCCGAAAUAGCAGCUGUGGUUGAUUCUCAGAGCAAUAAGCUAGGUUCAUUUGCUCAUGGCUUUACAUACUCUGGCCAUCCAGUUGCUUGUGCUGUCGCCAUUGAGGCGUUGAAAAUCUAUCGGGAAAGGAAUAUUCCUGAUCAUGUGAAGCAAAUCGCUCCACGCUUCCAGGAGGGAACGAAGGCCUUUGCAGGAAGUCCAAUUGUUGGGGAGAUCCGUGGUGUAGGAUUGAUACUCGGAACUGAGUUCGCCAAUAAUAAAUCACGAGAUGACCCAUUCCCUGCUGAAUGGGGUGUUGGUGCUAUCUUCGGACAGGAGUGCCAGAAGCGUGGCAUGCUGGUCAGGGUUGCCGGCGACAGCAUUAUGAUGUCACCGCCAUUGACAAUGACCCCUGGCGAAGUUGAUGAGCUGGUGAGCAUAUACGGAGAAGCUAUGAAGUCCACGGAGGAGAGAGUGGCGGAGCUCAAAUCGAAGAAAAACUAG